AACUGCCAAUUUGCCAAAAUAUUGUAACGAGUCGUAAGAAAAAAAAUUUAGAUAAUUAGAAGACGUUAUUUUAUCAAACGUGGGCCUCUGAUAUUUUGUUUUGUGCCGCCUGAAGUAUCUAAUAAUAAGGUUUAAAUUUCAACUAAAGCGUCGCACAGACUUAUUAACUAUAACUACAUUUCUUCGCAAGUCCAAAUUAUUUUCCUAGCUGCACCUGCAGGCUUAGCAGGCUAUCAGAUUAUCAUGGAAUUCCUUAAUUUAAUUACAAACAGAUAGAACUGCAGUGAGGCAGUGAUCACAAACAACAGUGGUUGUGCGACAAAAAACAUUGCUAAGUAUAGCACACUUCGUCAAUUCAGCAAAAAUGUCUCUAGAGGGUGCAAAGUACGUAUGGGUAGAGUUGGAACCGGUGUGGCAAGGUCCUGGCUUAAAGGCGAAGCAAGAGCAGGAAAUAACAGACAAUUUGAAGACAGAACUUAAAUCAGAGCCAGAAGAAAAGUUAUGUGUUAUCAGUGAAACAGCUGGGGCUGGAUUGCACUUAAAGCAUGAAGAGCCUGAGAGUGCACAGGCUGGGAAUUUGGAUCAGGUAAAACCAGAGGUUAAGGCAGAAAGUGAAAACUUAGCUAGUACUGUUGAACCAGCUAUGCCAGAUGGCUUGUGCAAGGACCAGGAAAGCAUAAUUUCUCAUAUAGACCCUGUAGUCAAAGCAGCUUUGAAGGAAGAGGAUAACAUUGACUCGCAGAAGAAAUACAGCAGUUGGAUAGAGCCUAUAGUGCUAGAUUCAGAAUCUGAAAGUGAGAGUGCUAGCAGUAUGGACACAGCAGAUCAGGCAGGCCUGUAUUUGAAACAUGAGGUGGAAGAUGGAGUAAUGGUGGGCCCGGAGGUAUACCAUAAAGCAUCAUUCAACAGAGCCAGGAAUCCUCCAGAAAGGACCUGCACUGUAAGUCUCGAGCGCAUGCAUAUAGACAUGGAGCGCUCUGUAUGCAGGAUUGGACCCAAUACAUACAAGUUUCUACUGUGCAGUCAUCAGGAAAAUGAUACAAGUGUGAAAAGAAGGUAUUCUCAGCGCGGCAAAAGUGCGAACCAGGGUCUAUACGAAUGUCCACUAUGCGAUUUUACUAGUGUCCACAAACAUUACAUAAGAGUCCAUAAAAACAUCGCCCACCCCAAUGAGAAAGCAAAAACCUGGAAGACAAAACAGAGAAAAAACAUAGACAAAAGACCCUAUAAAUGCAACCAAUGUAGUUACUCUUCUGACCUUAAAGUCGGUCUGUCAAUCCAUAAAUUAGUUCACACCAAGAAAACUGCUUAUAAAUGCAGUCUGUGCGGUUAUGGAUACUCUCACAAAUAUGAACUACAAGACCACAUUAAUACAAAACAUGAGAGUGAGAAAGUCUACAAGUGCGAUCAAUGUAAAUUUGUGACCGUCCACAAAGACAGAUUCAUAUCACACAAGAAAAUGCACAGCAAAAGCUUUCCUUACAAAUGUAACCAAUGUAACUUGCUACUAAGGACAAAGAUCAUUACCAGGAGCAUGUAAAAACACACAGUGUUGCCAAACCAUACAAGUGCGAUCAAUGUGAUUAUGAUAGUGCGAAGGAGACUCUUUUGCAAAUUCAUAAGACUAUGAUGCAUGGAGCGUUUGGAAAAAAAUUGGGCUUGAAAAAUGGGAAGAAAUCAACAUUUAAAAGAAAAAAAGUAUGACAGCACCAAAUAUAGAUGUUAAACGUUUGUAAGACAUAUUAAAAUAAUCAGUUUUACUUUAAAUACAUCUCGUUCGGCGACCUGUUUCGAGUCAUUGACCGCCGACGCAAAAACGACGGGGUAUUAUAAGUUUGACGUGUCUGUCUGUCUGUCUGUGUGUGUUU